GUCUUAUUCAUAAUCAUUUUUCACAUUUUAUCAAAUGCUUAUUAGAGGUUUAUAAAACGUUUGAUAAAAAUUGUUAUUCAUAAUCGUCAUUUAGCGCUAAAAUCCUCUUUUAUCUGUGUGAUAAGUUAUCGAGAGCUCGGGCCUUGUUUAAAGCUCUAAUAAACCUAUUUUAACCUAACUUUUAUAAAUGUCAUUUCAUAUGAAUGUCACUUCGUUGGUUUAUUUAUUCAAAAUAUCCUUGCUGUGAUCCUUGCUUGUGAAAAUGAAUGCUAUAAAUGCAAUUGUGCAUUUAGCCAAUAAUGCCGACCCAGCGCGACGUAGAAAGCUCUACCGCCAACGAAGCAACCCAUUCGAUUUGCGGGACCUAAAUUUUAAAAUAAAAUAUAGGUUCAAUAAGGACACAGUGCGCACCAUCAUAGAUUUGGUGGAAGAUGAUCUGGUUCAGAGCGCUAGAGGUGGUGGCACGUGUCCUGAACUGCAAGUUUUAGUGGCCAUAAGAUGUUGGGGACGUCGUGAGGUACAAGAUGAUGCUGGUGACCUCCAUGGCCUAAGUCAGCCGACAGUGAGCCGGAUAUGCGCCAGAGUCGCGCAUGCAAUCGCGAAUAAGGCAAAUUCCUUCAUCAAAAUGCCUAUCACUAUAGGAGAGCAGGAAAGAAUUAGUGCCAAAUUUAGAGCAAUUAAAAAUUUUCCUGGGGUGAUAGGAGCCAUAGAUUGCACCCACAUUAAAAUUAAAAAAACCGGAGGUGACAUGGCCCAGUACUAUAUUAAUAGAAAAGGCUAUUAUUCCCUGAAUGUUCAGGUUGUCUGUGAUGCUGACCUCAAAAUAAUGGAUAUAGUGGCUAGAUGGCGAGGCAGUACACAUGACAGUCGAAUUUUUAUGGAGAGCAAUAUAAAACAACGAUUUGAGGAUAGGCAGUUUAGAGGACGCCUUAUUGGCGAUUCGGGCUACCCUCUUCUGCCAUAUCUAUUUACACCUAUUUUAAGGCCUAGUCGUCCAGAAGAAGAAGCAUACAAUAAUGCUCACAUCUCAACUAGGAACACUGUUGAAAGGUGUUUUGGGGUGUGGAAGCAGCGGUUCCAAUGCCUACUCCAUGGCUUACCAGUAAGCCUCCAAAAUGGAAAAGCUGUGAUCAUAGCAUUGGCUGUAUUACAUAAUAUAGCCAUUGAUAUGAAUGACACAUUGUUAGAACAACAUGGAGCAGGUCCCUGUAACUCCGCAACUUUCGACGGAGAACAGUGUUCACGACAACCGACCUUCAUUGUUGAGGCGUAGGUCGCAGUUGAUACUACAAAAUUUUAUAAAUCAACAUUUUUGAAUGAUACUGUUCCUGGC